AUGGCGGCCAUCAAGGACUUCGACAGCCUCUUCAGGCUGGAUGGGAAGAUUGCCGUCGUUACUGGUGGCUCCCGCGGCAUCGGCCUCUACUGCGCCACGGCCUUCCUGCAGGCUGGCUGCUCCAAGGUGAUCAUCACAGCGCGCAACGCCGAGAACCUCGCGCAGGCGGCGGCCCAACUCAACGCGCUGCCCAACAUCCGCGGCAAGGCCGUGAGCAUCCCGGCCAACGUGGGCCACACGGACCAGAUCGAGCAGUUCGUCCGGGACGUGCAGACCGAGAUCGAGAAGGACGAGCGGCCCGGCAGGGGAUUGGACAUCCUGGUCGCCAACGCGGCAGCCAGCUGGGGGGGCCCAUUCGAGACCUUCGAGGACUGGAAGAGCAUCAAGACGCUGGAGCUCAACGUAAGGGGCGUGUUCAAUCUGUGUAGGCUAAUGGUCCCAUUGCUCGCAAGUGCCGCGACGCCCGCAGAUCCGGCGCGGAUCCUAAUCACAUCGUCGGUGGGGGGAAUCAUCGUACCGCACGUGGGAGACCGCGGGGCGAUCAUGUACUCGGUGUCCAAGGCGGCGGCGCAUCACUUGGGGCGCAACCUGGCGUUGGAGCUGGUGCCCAAGAACAUCACAACCAACAUCAUCGCGCCGGGCUUCUUCCCGAGCCGCCUGGCCAACCCGCAGAUCGACUACCUGGGCGGCGAGGACGUUGUCGGCAAGCAGAACCCCAUGGGCCGUCUCGGCCGCCCCGAGGACAUUGCCGGCCUCGUCGUUUACCUGUGCAGCCGUGCCGGCAGCUACAUCAACGGCGAGGACAUCUCGGUCGACGGCGGCGCUAGGUUGAGGGUCGGCACGCACCCGGGAAGCCUGGACGAGAGAGGCAAGACGAGCAGUAAACUGUAA